AUGUCUCUUCCUAUACCUUCUCCUCAGCUCUUUGUGUAUAACAAUGGUUUAACGUUAAUCAGAAUUUAUUGUGGACAAAACUCGCCGAUUUUUAUUUCUUUAAAACCUCCUCAUCAGGUUAUAUUACCAUUGACUAAUCGUAAUAUAAAUCCUUUUUUUCUCUUUCGCAAGCUUGGGGAGGAAUAUUUGCGUCAAUAUGAUGGCAUCCCCAGAUUAACAGUUGGAGAGAUUUCUGUAAUAAUGUCAAGAAAUUGGAAUGCGGCAACGAAUGAAUUCAAGCGAAUCUUUAGACAAUAUACUAAUGAAGUAAAUGCGUUACGACCUAGGCCGCAAAGGGUAACUUUUCGUCACUUUGAACCUAAUAGUCGUUCUACUCGAAGACGAUAA